UAUGGUAAAAUUAUGAAAAGAUAAUUUAAAAUAAGCACGGCCCCCCGCCAAAUUCACGAUAGCUUCACAAUAAUCGCCACACGAAAAGUUUUAAAAUUCGUGCCCAGGAUUUUUGAUGAAUUUUGGUAAAAAUCCUUGCAUUUUCUCUAGAUUUUCACCGCGAAGACAUUGGCUCAUCCCCACAGUGAUAAAUAUGGCAAAGCGGUGGGUUGUCCAAGUUGAACGAGCAAGAAACGUGACCGAGAAUCCAUCGCGCGAGAGCCACGUGACUAUCGCUCAAACUACCUCUGCUACCACUGCUUCAAAAUCAAUGCGUACUUCUCUGCUUCUGGUUCUGGUUCUGGCAUUGUCAUCCGCUCAGAUCACCUCGACCCACAGCAAUAAGAAGAAAAUCAAUAAGGAUUUAGCGGGUAUACACGUACCUAUAUACCGUACUGGCGGGUCCAGGACGAGGGCGGCAAGGGACAGACGGAGAUUGUACUCGACGACGGUCCGCGUAACAGACUUUCUGGAUGUGACAUACAAAAUACCACUCAAGAUUGGUGGCAGAGAGGUUGUGGUGGAUAUUGAUACCGGAUCGUCUGAUCUGUGGAUUAUCGUCGACAAUAGUAGUGGUUUUCGGUCUACGACAUAUCCAAUCUCGCUGUUAUAUGGUGAUUCAAGAACCGGUACACAUGCGUCGGGAGUUAUCGGGAUCGAUUCAGUUGCAAUUGCAAGUUUGAACCUCAAAUCUCAAAUAUUCGCAGCGAUUAACGAUACGAAUACGAGUGUGUUGGAGACAGGAUGUGUGGGGAUUUUAGGAUUGGGGUUUCCUGUUAACAGUGCGUUGUUUCUUGAGAUGUUUGAGAAGGAAAUAUACGACCAUUCAAAUUAUAACGAUAACACGAAGGCCGAGACAGACUACAAUGCCAACUCUAACUCCAAGCACUUUGCUCGGAGAGGUCCUACUUUCCCCAAUCAAAGAUCCUUCAACCGGAGAACAUUUCCUGAUUUAUCAAAAUACGGAGGUACCGGUGAAGACCAACAAGGGCAAGAUGCGAAUAAUCAAGAUAAUCAAGAUAACAUACGACCCAAGAAGAACAAUCGUAGACACUCCUCCACCGGCCCGUCACCAUGGACCCCCCGUCUCCUAGCCGCAUUCAACGUCUCCGGUCCGCCAAUUUGGAGGAUCGUUACUGGUGCGCAAGACCAGCAACAAAAUCAAAGUCAGGAUAUAAUAAAUAUGAGACCGAUGUUCGGCGUGAGUUUACAGCGGGUGACAAAUACCGGUGAUUCGUACGGCGAUGGCGAUAUCUUUUAUCCAGGACAUGGAUAUGGAUAUGGAUAUGGAUAUGGUGUAGAUCUCGAAUUAGGAGGUGAGGCUGCUGCUCCUUGUGAACAUCCCCGUGCAAGUAUUAUCUCCCAAAACCACAUCUCCGGCCUCUUAACUAUCGGUGGUCUUCCCCCUAACCUCACCGACGCCGACCUUACCUGGGCUCUCGUCCGACGAUACACUGUCCCACAGGGCGGGUUAAAAGGUGGAGUUGGCGCAGAGGACGAGGUGUAUCCGAUUACAUGGGAAAUCCCUAUCGACGGUGUCUAUCUCGAUGGAAACAGGAUUCCCGAUCCUGCUGAGCUCGAGAGCGGGGAUAUUGGUGUUACGGCGUUGAUUGAUACGGGAAACUCACUGAUCCGGGGUCCUCCGGAUGUUGUGCAGUAUAUUGUGGAUAUUAUAGGGCGGGAAGAUGCCUCUUCUUCCUCUCACCCGUCAACUGACACAUCGACGUCCUGCACCACCCCUCACACGCUCGCGUUCCAGAUCGGGGGGAGGAUGUUUCCUGUGGAAUGGAGGGAUUUGGUGUGGGUCGAGGAGGAGGAUGAGGAUAGAGAUUCACAGCAGGGGGACUCAGAGUACGAGAACGAUGAAGACAAUGGAGAGGCGGAGGAAGAAAAAGGCAAUGGGAGUAGGAAACGACAAUGUUACCUGAACCUCGCUCCCACGGACGUACCCACCACCACAACAACCACCACUAAAGGGGAAGGAGGAGGAGCAGGGUAUAUGUAUAGUUGGAGUUUGGGUGAUCCGUUUUUGAAAAACGUGAUCGCGGCGUUUUAUUAUGGGGAUACUGUCCAUCCGUCGUGGGAUCCACCGAGGAUUGGGCUCAUAUCGACUGUGAUACAUGGUGUGGAUCUCGGAGUUGACGUUGAGGGUGGGGAGGAUGUCGGAGCUGAAGAGUCUGAGAGUGAUGUUAGGUCUACCGUGGCGUUUGAGGGUGGUGUUGAGAAGGAUAUUGGAUCGGAAGGGGUGUCACUAAAUUAGAACAGGGUCGAAGAACUCUCUCAUUUCUUUAAACUUCCACAAUCGCAAUCACAAUCAUUAUAGUCCAUUUGUCAACCUCUGAUCAGUUGCGCUUCACGAGUCCUGCUUCACUCUCACCAGCUGCCAACCUGGCUCUUUCUCGU